AUGCGCUCAGGCAUCUAUCCCAGUGUGAUAAGACCAGACAACCCUCGAGGGCUACCUCACAACGAAACUACCAUCGCGGAAGUCCUUAAAAACCAAGGAUACCGCACUCUGAUUGUCGGCAAAUGGCACCUGGGCGUUGGGUACGAAGGAGAAUAUCUGCCCGCGCACCACGGCUUCGACGACUACCUGGGAGUUCCCUACAGCCACGACAUGUGCCCCUGCUACGCCUGCUUCCCUGACAAGCCUUGUUACGAUAUGUGCUGGAGUGGACACGUCAUUACUGGACGAACUGCGACAAACUCGACGACNCGCACUGACGAGUUGCUGAGCUCGCUAGAAGUUCUGCCGACCAUCGCUGCGCUCACCGGCGCUGACACCAGCGGCCUCAAGCUCGACGGCUUCGACGCCUCAGAUUUCCUGCUCGGCAAAAGUUUCAUGUCGCCUCGGGAAUAUUUCGCGGUGUACCCCAAGGAUCCCAGCCCUGAAACUGGGCCGUACGCCGUUGUUUACCAGCACCUGAAGGCUCAUUUCUUCACAGCUGGGAAUGGACACUCGGACGAUCAGAACUACGACGAGAUGUGCACUUCACGACAUCCUCUCACAGAGCACAACCCGCCUCUUCUCUACGACUUGUCUGUUGAUCCUGGCGAGCGCUGGAACAUCGCCAACGACUCCAGCUUCAAACCUUCAUUGAUGAAGUUGACUGCGUGGCGCACUCAGCACAUGGCUGACAUGACUUGGAUGACUUCAGUCACGCUGGACCGCGAGGAACGAUCACAACCCUGCUGCACCGACCGUCGCUGCAAUCCAUUCCCUUCCAAUAUUAAAUUGAUCGCAGCAUUUAAAUAUAAAUACUGCGAGCCCUAUUGUCAUAUCAGAGUGUUCAUGCAAGAUAAAAUUAAGCCUGUUUCAUGA